GGCGACAAGGACAAGGCUGAACAACUUCUCCUUGACUGAUUCGGACUUUUACAAGGUCGAGGAGCGCGGCGUGGGACUCAAUCUCAUGUCUGAGGAGAUGUCCCAAGGUCAAUGAUGCCCUACAGCCUCUUCUAGCCUCCAGACACGCUCGGCGUACUUCCCCGCUGUUCCAAUUCAAACGAAACUUGACGCCUCUCGUGGUGCGGGCAAACGCGGCGCGCGGCAGUGAAGAUGUUGGCAAAGGGCCGAGGUGGAAAGAUCAGGGCGCCUAGAAGGGGUCUCACCAAAGACGAUGUGGAUUUCGACUCGAUAUGGGACACAUUAUCGACUGCUUUUCUCGAAAUCCACAGCAAGAACGCCUCCAAACUGUCCUUUGAAGAACUCUUUCGGGGGGCAUACAAAUUGGUGCUGAAGAAGAAGCAAGACUUGCUCUACGACAAGGUUGUCCAACUAGAAGAGUCGUGGCUGCGAGAUAAUGUCCGGCCCAGGAUUCUGUCGCUGGUUACACCGGCCAUCACCGUUGACGCCCUGGAGCAGACAGCGGGGACGCAGUCGAAUGAACGAAGGACCGCGGGCGAACGGUUUGUUCGCGCCGUCAAGGAUGCUUUCGCGGAUCACCAACUGUCAAUGGGCAUGAUUACCGAUGUGCUCAUGUAUAUGGACCGUGUCAAUAGUCAAGAUCAGAGACGACCUUCCAUAUUUGCAACUGCUAUGGCGUUGUUCAGGACACAGGUGCUCCGGAGCCCUAUCGGCGAUGAGACCACGUCCGAUGUCCUUUCACUGCUCGAAUCCGUGCUUCUCGAUAUGAUCACAAUGGAACGGAACGGCGAGGUUAUCGACCGUCCUCUCAUUCGGGCAUGUUGUUACAUGCUCGAGGGCUUGUACGAAAGUUUCAAUGAAGACGAGUCGACCAAGCUGUACCUGACCUCCUUCGAACCCCAAUUCCUGGCGGCGAGCAGGAACUUUUACAGAAGUGAAGGCCAGGCAUUGCUAGCCGAAGCGGAUGCUAGUACAUUCUGUAUGCAUGCGAGGAGAAGAUUGGUUGAAGAAAGCGAGAGAUGUCAACAGACGAUUUCCCCAGUGACGGAAAACAAAAUCAAACAAGUUCUUGAGAAGGAACUGAUUUCGACUCAUAUCCGCGAUGUGAUCAACAUGGAGGGCACAGGUGUCAAAUACAUGCUGGAUAACGAGAAGGUCCGAGACUUGGCCAUUGUUUUCGACCUGAUUGCCCGAGUCGAUCCAAAAAAGACGGCACUUAAGGAGGCCGUUCAAAAACGGGUCAUCGAAAUCGGAUCGGACAUCAACAAGACCGCCAGUGCUACCAUCGGAGCUCCAGCCCAACCGAGACCGACCACCAAGACUGGCGCUGACGGAAAGCCGGCACCGGAAAAGACCCUCAACCAGCAGACUCAAGCCGCCAUCACGUGGGUCGAGCAAAUCUUAGAAUUGAAAGCAAAGUUUGACCGCAUUUGGGUCGAGGCAUUCCAAAAAGAUGCUGUGAUGGAAAAGGCUCUGGAGAUAUCGUUUCAGGACUUUAUCAACGCCAAUGACCGGAGCCCGGAGCAUCUUUCACUCUUCCUCGAUGAGUACCUUAAACGUGGUGGCAAAGACAAAACCGAAGCCGAGGUGGAUGCUCUUCUCGACAAUGGUAUACUUCUGCUGCAAUACCUCGCAAACAAGGAUCUCUUCGAGACAUAUUAUAAAAAGCAUAUGGCCAAGCGGUUACUCAUGAAGAAAUCGGUCAGCAGAGAAAUGGAACGACUGAUGCUGUCCAAGAUGAAGAUGAAAAUUGGCAGUCAGUUUACGCAGAAACUGGAAGGUCUGAUCCGAGAUACCGAACUUUCGGACAGUCUCAGUGCACAAUACAAGGAAUACGUCAACCGACUCGGGGAUCCCGAUCCAAAACGCAUUGAUCUGGAUUGCAGAGUGUUGACCACCACCGUUUGGCCGUUUGAAACCUUGUUCAAGGCAGACAACGAGGGAGAGUCGAAAGCCGAGGUCAAGUAUCCCGCGCCUGUGGACCGAAUUCGGCAGCGAUUCCAAAAAUUUUAUCUGGACAAACACACAGGCCGCAAGCUCACGUGGAUGCCCAGCCUUGGAGAUGCCGACUUGAGGGCUACAUUCACAACUGGUGGCAAGACGCGCCGGUACGAGAUCAACGUUUCGACCUACGGAAUGGUGAUAUUGAUGCUUUUCAACGACCUGCCAUCUGGUCAGAGUCUCUCGUUCGAACAAAUCGCUGCCGAGACCAAUAUCCCAAAACAUGACCUUAUCCGGAACCUUCAAUCUUUGUCUUUGGUAUCUAAAUGGAAGAUGCUGAAGAAGGAGCCUAUGAGCAAGGAUAUAAAGCCCACCGACCAAUUUUACUUCAACGAAGAUUUUUCAAGUCAGUUUCUCAAGAUUAAAGUCAGUGUCGUGGCUGGUGGGGCGAACAGGAUCGAAAGCAAUGAUGAACGUCGCGCCACCCAGAAGCGGGCGGAUGAGGAACGUGGCCAUGUCAUUGAAGCUGCCAUUGUGCGGAUUAUGAAAUCCCGCAAGACUCUGUCGCAUUCACAAUUGAUGACCGAGACUCUGCAACAAUUGUCGGCACGGUUCCAGCCCGACGUCAAUAUGAUCAAGAAGAAGAUCGAGGCGCUGAUCGAACGGGAAUAUCUGGAGAGGGGUCCGGAUCCGGCAAAGCCGUCCUACAAUUAUUUGGCUUGAUUGUUGUGUGUUCAAGUUCCGCUUGGGGAUGAAAUCAUGAUGGAAAUGAGGCUUGAAAAACGAUCUGCGGGGUUUGGCGUUUGAAACCGUGGAGAUGUCAUGAAAUGGAGUAGCUAGCGAGCACUAGUAGUAGCAUGGCGUACUGGGAUCAUGAUACCUGCUAGGAGUGGUGCUGGGGUUGUUCACCACUCAGAGAGCAAGGGAAUUGGACUGUUCGACCUGAUGUAGAUUAAUUCAAGCGACUGCGGGACAUGUGGAGAGACCGACUGUAAUCUCCUUACGAUUUGUGCAGGGCAUUGAAUGAGGCAAUGAACCUCGCUCUGACUACCUUAUCCGCAUGGUAUUGCACAGGUCCAAAGAGAAUACAUAUACAUUAUGGUUGGGUG